UUGGGGAUAGCACGUUUAGUUCAGACCAAUGGCAGGAUCUUGAAUUUGCUCCCGGUCCCCUCCGGUGGUGGCCAAGUUGCCGAUGACUGGUUGUGGCGGACAGGGCCAGUAACGUGACCGGGCCGAUGGAGACCAAACCCCCCCUCAAUCGGGUAUGGAAAACUGCCAUCGCCUUCUUCUGGGUCCGUUGCUACUCCUUAGUAGUAGUGGGGAAGAGGAGGAAGAGAGGGAGGGGGGACGGGCUAAGAGGGCGGAAAAUACGGAGUAAGGGGACGGGAGUUGGUUCACUUGACUGAAAUGGGUAGACUACUACUUCCCUACUGUAGUGUACACAUUGAGAA